AUGAACAAGAGUUUUGCCACAAUAAUUCUCAAGGAAGAGAAUCUGAAGACUGCGACAAUCAUUCUGGAAGCUGUUGCCUCCUACAACCUGUGGAUUGGACAUGUUUUCUUUGGUUUGCCUGAUUCUCUCAACAACAUUAAUAUCUUAAAUCAGUCCUUUCUCUUUAAGGAUCUUGCUGAUAGACAAGGUCCAGAGAUUGAAUACAGAGUCAAUGGCAACAAGUAUAUGAUGAGAUAUUACUUGACAGAUAGUAUAUACCCCUCAUAUACUGCUUUUAUCAAGAGUUUUAAUGAUCAUCAAACUGCAAAGAAGAAGGGAGUGAAUAGAGAAGUAGUGAUAAAAGACAGGUUAGAAAUAGAGAGUGUCUUGGCAGAAGUACCAAGAUUGAUCCCUAGAUCAGAGAUUUUAUUCCCUAAUAGAACUUUUGCUAGCUGUCUUCAAAGAAAUAUAAGAAUUUGGGACCAGAAGCAACACUUUUCACUGAGACAGAAUGUUAUAGAUAGUCUGUGGAAAAUAGAAGGGGAAAGAUAA